AUGCAUAAUAAUGUCAAUGGGUCUUCCGUCGACGUCGAACAAGAACUAGCAUUGAAUGCUAUAAGGCAAGUUUUAAAAUCAAAGACUUCAUAUGAUGUUUUACCAGUUUCAUUUAGAUUGAUUGUUUUAGAUACUUCUUUACUGGUUAAGAAAGCUUUGAAUGUUCUAUUACAGAAUAGUAUUGUUAGUGCUCCAUUGUGGGAUGCUACAACAUCUAGGUUUGCUGGUUUAUUGACUUCUGACGAUUUUAUCAAUGUCAUCCAAUAUUGUUUUUCCAACCCAGAUAAAUUCGAUUUAGUUGAGAAAUUACAAUUGAAUAGAUUGAGAGAUAUCGAGAGGGCCAUAGGUGCAAAACCUUUGGAAACUACAUCGAUUCAUCCAUCAAGCUCUUUAUAUGAGGCAUGUACAGUCAUGCUGCGCUCGAAAUCAAGAAGAGUCCCAUUGAUUGAUAAAGAUGAAGAGACUCAUAGAGAAAUUGUCGUUUCUGUUCUUACACAAUAUAGAUUAUUAAAGUUUAUUGCAUUAAACUGUCGAGAAACUCAUUUUUUGAAAAAACCAAUUUCUGAGUUAAACAUUAUAUCCAACUCUACAGUAAGAAGUUGCAGCAUGACCACUCCAGUGAUUGAUGUCAUUCAAUUAUUAUCAGAAGGAAAUAUAUCAUCCGUUCCGAUCGUUAACGAAAAUGGUGUUUUAGUCAACGUCUAUGAGGCUGUCGAUGUGCUUGGUUUGAUUAAAGGUGGUAUAUACAACGAUCUCUCAUUGAGUGUCGGAGAAGCACUAAUGAGAAGAUCUGAUGAUUUUGAAGGUGUCUAUACAUGUACUGAAAAUGAAAAAUUGUCUACUUUACUAGAUACAAUCAGAAAAUCAAGUGUCCACAGAUUCUUUGUUGUAAAUGAAUCCGGUCAGUUAGUCGGAGUCUUAUCAUUAGGUGACCUUUUAAGAUAUAUACUAGUUGGUUCUAAAAAAGAAUAA